AUGGAAUUAUUCAGUUUUGGUGUCGAUUUCUUUCGUGUCCAUGACAAUGAAGAAGGUGUUGCAAUUUCCAAGUCAGGAGGAUAUCCAAAUUCCCAUGAGUUCGGGACAGGGAGCUCAGAUGACUUGCACCACGACGCUGUCCCUAGCCCUUUAAUGCCAUCAUCAUGUGAAGAAGAUGAUACAGCAGAGAAGGCUGCUGGAAUUGACUGCCAGACACGGACUGGACCUAAGAAGAAGCAGCAGCAGCAGCAGCAGCAGCAGCAGUAUGUGUUACCUGCUGCUUUUGAAGUUCUGAGAAGACAUGGAAGCAGGCGUCUCAAGUUUGAUGGGAAGACAUGGAGCACAGGUAAUGAACAACCACAGUCUGCAGAGUUGCCAACAGAAAUGAUCAUUCAACUGGCUGCAGAAAAGUUCAUCCAGUCCGCGCCCCAAAGCGGCCGUAGUAAACUCUCUGCUCUCAAUCACCCUUAUCCAAGUUCACUGUUAAGCCACUCCGAUGAGGAUUCUAGAGGGGUCCAACUAGUCCAGAAUCUGUUGUCGUGUGCAGAGAAAGUAGACGAGAAACAGCACGAGCGUGCGCUCAAGUUCUUGAAGGAGUGUGAGAAACACAGCUCCCCUAGUGGAACUCCUAUUCAGAGAAUGGCUUUUUAUUUCACUGAAGCCCUUUUCUCAAAGAUUGCUUGGGAAACAGGAAGAAUUACACCAAAGGUUUCAGAGAAGCCUUUGGAUUCUCUAGAGCCACUACUGUGCCCGAAUAUCCUGAUUGCAUUUCACAAAGAGCAUCCACACUCCCAGAUCACCAAGUUUGCAGGAAUGCAGGCCAUUGUGGAUCAUCUGGGGGAUGCAAGGAAGGUUCAUGUGGUUGACUUUCAGAUCAGGAGUGGGGUGCAAUGGAUCAUCUUGAUGCAAGCUCUUGCAGCUCGAACUGAACACCCCAUCCACUACCUUAAGCUCACUGCCGUUGGAACCAAAGGAAGGUUGAUGCUGGAGGACACUGGCCGGCAGUUAGCAGCCUUUGCUGAAUCCUUGGACUUGAAAUUUAUUUUCAAACUAGUCAUGGUGGAAAAUAUUUUAGAUCUCAGAGAAGAUCACUUUGAGCGGGAUGCUGAUGAAGCAGUUGCCUUCUAUGCAGCCUACUCCCUUAUGAGCCUUAUUGGAAGGAUUGACCAUAUUGACCAUGUGAUGGGAGUGAUCAGAAACAUCAAUCCUUGUGUUAUGGUUGUCACUGAAGUAGAAGCAAACUGCAAUGCUCCCACCUUCAUAGGGCGCUUCGUAGAGAGUUUGUUUUUCUUUGGUGCAUACUUCGAUUCCUUGGCUGAGUGUAUGAAGGAUGAUGAGCCAAAUAGACGCUUUGCUGAAUCUACAAUGUUCAGGUCCUCGAUAAAUAAUAUUUUGGCAGCCGAAGGAAAGGAAAGGAAGGUUAGACAUGUGAAUAUAAAUGUGUGGAGGGCAUUUUUUGUGCGCUUCGGAUUAGUUGAAGUGGAACUUAGUUUGUCAGCUCUGGAUCAGGUAACAGUUGUGCUUCAAGGAUUUUCCAGUAGGAGCUCCUGCACGGUACAGCUAGAUGGUAAAAGCCUAAUUAUGGGCUGGAAGGGAACACCACUUACUUCGCUUUCUGUAUGGAAAUUCAAAUGA